AUGGAGUAUUGUAUUAUCGAUACUCUUCUCGGUUACCAGCAGUUCUCGAUAACUAAUGUGGUUAUAAGUCUCUUUGUUUUUGUUCUCUACUAUUUGUUAGUAUGGAGACCAAGUACAAAAUCUUCUCUUAAGAUGAAAAAUCAAGCACCGGAACCAGCUGGUUCUUUGCCCUUUAUUGGUCAUCUCCAUCUAAUGAACCGAUCCAGCCCACAACACGUUGCUCUGGGAGCCAUGGCUGACAAAUAUGGACCAGUUUUCACUGUUCUUAUCGGUGUACAUCGUGCACUAGUAGUGAGCAGCUGGGAGGCAGCAAAAGAAUGUUUUACUACAAAUGACAAGGUCUUUGUCUCUCGACCACGUCAAGCAGCAGGGAAAUAUAUCGGUUACGAUAAUGCCAUGUUAAGUUUCGCCUCUGAUGGAAAAUAUUGGAAUGAAAUUCGUAAAAUAAUGAAAACUGAACUUCUUUCCAAUAAUAGGCUCGCGUUGGUAAGAAAUGUAUGGGAGUCUGAGAUUGCUACAUCCAUUAAAGUACUAUACGAUGCAAACUGGGGUGUUGACAGAAUCGAAGGAGCUCAACGAGCUCCAGUUUUGGUCGAGAUGAAGCAAUGGAUUGGUGAUCUAACCCUUAAUAUGUCUUCUAAGAUGAUUGCAGGGAGGAGAUGCUUUGGUGAUGCUACCGACCAAGAAGCAGAGAAGUGCCAAAAAGGAUUAAGAGACUUUGUUAAAGUACUGGGUCUGAUUACGCUGGGGGACAUGAUACCGUUUCUUGCAUGGUUGGAUUUGGAUGGCCGCGAACGAGAGAUAAAGAGUGCUGGAAAAAAUCUGGACCAUAUAUUAAGUGGAUGGCUGGAAGAACACAAAGCCAAAAGAUCACUCUCGUGCUCAACAGACGAGAAGGACUGGAUGGAUCUGAUGCUGUCAGUGCUCGACAAAAAUCCGAAGCUAAAUCGUUCUUUUGACGCAGAUACCAUCAACAAAGCUACAUGUCUGGGUCUACUGCAGGGUGGUAGCGUCUGGACAAUGUUUACUGUACUGUGGGCCGUUGCUUUACUAGUAAAUCAUCCACAUGUGCUGAAGAAGGCUCACGAUGAGUUGGACAUCCAUGUUGGCAAAGAAAGACAAGUGGACGAAUCCGAUAUCAAGAACCUCAACUACAUCCAAGCUAUAUUUAAGGAAGCGAUGCGUCUAUAUCCAGUGUCUAUGCGUCUACUUGAAUCCAAAGAGGAUUGCAAUGUCGCCGGAUACCACGUUCCAGCAGGAACCCGAUUAAUCGUGAAUACUUGGAAGAUACUACGUGACCCACGAGUCUGGUCAGACCCAUCAGAAUUCAGCCCUGAGAGAUUUCUUACUAGUCCUUAUAAAGACACGUAG